AAAAGUAUUGAUUGAAUACAAAAGAGCACGUCAUACCUCCUAGGUAAGUUGAUUGGUGUUUCUGCUUACACAGCGUAAGGCUGAAAUCGGGGGGGCCAGAACCUUCCGGUUUGGAAUCAACCACAUAUUUUUGGCGGGGUCCUCAAGCACAACAUCCCCAAGCCUCGACCCUUAGAAAUCAACCCACCAUCCACACAAAAGCCAACCUUCCCUUCUCGGGUCCUUCACUCUGUAAUCCACCGUCAUUGCAUUCACCAUCGUCAUCUUUUGAACCUCCUUCCUCUACCAAAUCUCGUCUGCCAGACAUAAAAACAACCCCCCUCUUUUUUCGAGAAGCAACAAAAUCUACGCAUACCACUCGCACAACAGUCAAACUGUUUUCCUCAGCUUUAAAUCGUACUCUCCGAUCGAGCUUUUCGGGAAUCUCGACCCUAACUGCUGUUUCUGGGUUCCAGCAGAAGAGCAAGACGACUACGCAGAAUCUCAGUGACGGCGUGGGUGCGAAGGGUCUGCAUUCUCUCUUGAACCAGGGGAAGAACGUGAGGAAGAUGCAUAGUAAGGUGGUCAUCAUUGGCUCCGGCCCGGCGGCGCAUACAGCUGCUGUGUACUUGGCUAGAGCGGAGUUGAAGCGUGAGUAUUCUCUAGUAUGAUAAGGGGAAAGAGGGGAAGCUAAUAGCUUAUAGCUGUUCUGUAUGAGGGGUUCCUUGCCAAUGGCAUUGCGGCGGGGGGUCAAUUGACUACUACCACUGAUGUUGAAAACUACCCCGGUUUCCCUGAUGGAAUUGGAGGUACGGAGUUGAUGGUAUACUUCCCUUCCCGUCUUUGAAAAGUAGAAAAGACACUAAGGACUCGGCCACAGGAUGCUAUGCGUAAACAAUCCGAACGCUUCGGUACUGAAAUUAUCACGGAGACUGUCGCCAAAGUCGACUUGUCCAAACGUCCCUUCAAAUACUGGAACGAGUACGCCGAAGACAAGGAACCCAAUACUGCAGACGCCAUCAUUAUCGCGACUGGCGCCUCAGCUCGUCGCCUGGGUCUCGCAGGUGAGGAGAAAUACUGGCAGAAUGGAAUCUCGGCUUGUGCAGUCUGUGAUGGUGCCGUGCCAAUUUUCAGAAACAAACCACUGGUGGUGAUUGGAGGAGGUGAUUCCGCAGCGGAAGAAGCUAUGUUCCUCACCAAAUACGGAUCUUCAGUCGAUGUGCUGGUACGAAAAGAUGUUCUAAGAGCUUCGAGUAUCAUGGCGAAGCGGUUACUGGCACACAAAAAGGUUAAUGUGCGAUUCAACACCGUUGGACAGGAGGUCAAGGGUGAUGAUAAGGGAUUGAUGUCUCAUAUGGUCAUCAAGAAUGUUAAGACUGGGGAGGAGGAAACUAUUGUUGCGAAUGGGUUGUUUUAUGCUGUGGGACAUGAUCCGGCGACUAGUUUGGUGAAGGGUCAGGUUGACACGGAUGAGGAGGGGUAUAUUAUCACGAAGCCUGGGACGAGUUAUACUAAUAUUGAGGGUGUAUUUGCGGCGGGUGAUGUGCAGGACAAGAGGUAUAGACAGGCCAUUACUUCUGCUGGUAUGUUUUUCCCUCUCCCCUCUCCUUCCUCUCCUUCCCUUUCCAAAAUAUCAUAUACUAACUCCACCCUAGGAUCUGGAUGCAUAGCUGCCCUCGAAGCCGAAAAGUUCCUCUCCGAACUUGAAGAUGAAGCAAACCCACUAGAGGAAGUCAAUGCCGAGAAGGGAAAUAGUGUCGUGGUUCCAGAGUACAAGUCCAACCCGCUCUUAUGA